GUGACUUCACUACCAACACUACCAAUAUUUGGAAGAACGGCUUUGUAAUAAAGAAUAACGCCAAACCUAUUUCACCGCUGCACUUUACUUACUAACUACUUACACGUGAACCAUUUCUGUUCUUAACAUUUACAACACUUUACACGCCUAAUAUUCUUUAUUGACAACGUUGAUUAAUCCAGAACCCAGGAGCUCGCACACGGCGAGUCUCGAUCAAACCUACCGCCACCCGAGAACGGCCUGAUUUAAAUAAUCGGGCGACAGCUACAGCUACAGCCAUCCCUCGAGUCUCCUAUCAUCCUUAACAACAACCAGACCUUGCACCGAAGCUGUGUCUAUAGCUGUAUUCACGAACACACACACGAAUUUGCCUCUCUCAUAUCGUAUUUAAUCCCCUAACCAUGUCUUUCCUUGGCGGGCCCGAGUGCUCGACUGCGGGCAACCCGCUCAGCCAGUUCACGAAACACACCCAGGAUGAUAACACUCUGCAAAGGGAUCGUCUCAGAAAUGGCACUCCCCAGGGUGGCAUGGGCGGCUUUCGCAGUGCUGCCCAACAUGGACCACAGGAUGAGAUGAUGAAUUCAUUCCUACAGCAAAAUGGUCAGCUGCCGACCAUGCCUCUCGAGGGCAUGAAUCAGAUACGAUUAGAUCACCCCGCGCACGGCGUCCACCUGCGAGCGAACUCGACUUCGCCGUCGUGGGCAAACGAAUUCCAACACAACCCACAGGCGGCGAUGGAGUCGGCUUUUAAGGUUCCUCAGGGCACACAAUUUGGCCCCGAAGAUUAUGCCAAGUUCCAGCGGAUGACCGGCCAGGCAAACUCGUCGCGAGCAAGCCCCAUGCCCUCCGCCAUGCAAUAUCAAAAUCCAAUGAUGGGAAUGGGAAUGAUGAACGGUAUGAGCAUGAAUUAUGGCAUGGGAGGCAUGGGAAUGCACCACCCUAUGGCCGCGCGGCAACAAUUCCAAGAAAGAACGAGCCAAGACAAGGGGAAAGGGAAGGAAAAAGUGGUGGAGCUUGAUGACCAGCAGUGGGAAGAGCAGUUCAAGCAGUUAGAGUUGCAGGAAAAUGAAACCAAGGAUGUCGACGAGGCCGCCGCACUGGAACCAGAACUGAACAAAUUGGACGAGAAAAUCCUGGAGUCGGAAACCAACGAAUUCGGCGAUUUCGAGUCGAUUUGGAGAGGCAUCAGGGCAGAGGAGGCGGCCGGCAAAGAGAUGCUCGACGAGGAAGAGUGGAUUGAGCAGACAGCGGAUCCUAUAGACUGGUCUGAACGCUUCGGGGAUUGGAGUAUGCCUGGUGCUAACAGCAGGUUGAUGGCUGAUCCCCAAAUAGAAAACUAUCUCUUUGAAGAAGAUAACCUGUUUAAGAACACGGGCAAUCCAUUUGAAGAGGGUAUGCGGAUUGUGGACGGAGGCGGUAACCUGUCUUUGGCAGCUCUCGCUUUCGAAGCCGCCGUCCAAAAAGAUCCCACGCAUGUGGAAGCGUGGGUUCAGCUCGGCAUGGCCCAGGCACAGAACGAGAAGGAAACGGCUGCGAUCCGAGCGCUCGAACAGGCGAAGAACCUUGAUCCGAAUAAUGCACCAGCGCUGAUGACCCUAGCCGUCUCCUAUACGAACGAGGGCUACGAUAGUAUCGCCUAUCGAACGCUAGAGCGGUGGCUCUCUAUCAGAUACCCCUCCGUCAUUGCACCAGGUGACCUUUCGUCUCCAUCUGAGCUUGGCUUUACCGAACGACAACAGCUUCACGACCGGGUCACAAAUCUUUUCAUCAAGGCGGCGCGGCUUAGCCCAGACGGCGAGCACAUGGAUCCAGAUGUGCAGGUGGGACUGGGAGUGUUAUUCUACGGAGCUGAAGAGUACGACAAGGCGGUGGACUGCUUCUCGGCAGCUCUAGCAUCAACGGAACUUGGAUCCUCGAACCGACAGGGUCAGGUGCACCUCCUAUGGAACCGACUAGGCGCAACGCUGGCCAAUAGCGGCAAGAGUGAGGACGCCAUCGCCGCAUACGAAAAGGCAUUAACGUUACGGCCUAAUUUUGUUCGGGCACGAUACAACCUCGGGGUAAGCUGCAUUAACAUGGGCUGCCACGCCGAAGCGGCGGGACAUCUUCUCGCAGCUCUAGGCAUGCACAAGACGGUCGAGAAGGAAGGAAGGGAGAAGGCACGAGAGCUACUGGGAGGAGACGUGAGCGACGCGCAGCUCGACGCCAUGACGACGCAGAAUCGGAGCACGAAUCUCUACGACACGCUGCGGCGCGUGUUCACGCAGAUGGGCAGACGCGACCUCGCGGAGAAGGUCCUGCCGGGCGUGGACCCCGAGGUCUUCAGGGGAGAUAUCGAAUUUUAGAAGAACGGGGGCAUGGUGUAUUGGUACAGCGGAGAGGGUGGGUUGUGGUUGUAGGGGUGGAGAAGUGAAGGAGGGUUUCUUCUUUUCCUAAGUGAUGGAAAGGAUAGGACAAGAGGAGGAACAGGGGAGGAAAGGUCGUCUAAGCAUUACUCAAAUCUGUCACAAUGAGGACGAUGAAUGAUUUGUACAGCGACGGACGAUGGAAAUACGGGGUUUCGUUGGAGGAGGCCAGAUUGGAUUGGAUGGGGUUUGAACAGAGGACUCGUCCGAGUCGCCGGAUCAAAUAGGGGGAAAUGGCUUAGGGUCUACUAGAGGAUACGGAGCGCAUUUAUGUUACUAUGGUCUUCUACUUAGGUGUGUAUAGUGUUGAUGGGGGAUACGCUGUCACUCUACGGCGGCUUUCCGCGUGAAGUGAAUUGCUCAACCUACCUAGAUUGUAAUAGCGAGCUCGUUUAAACUUGCGUCUACGUUAACUAUGAGUAUCAGGUAGCGGCAACGAGUAGGUGGUUAUAAACGAAGUG